AUGCAAGAGGCUAUUGCUCUGCGGCGAGAGUUGUCCGAGUUGCUUGCCAAGGGAGGAUUUGAAUUGCGCAAGUGGACGUCUAACUUGCUUGGUGUGCUUUUCGGUCUGAGUGCUGACCAUAUUGGCACGCAAUCAUCACUACAUUUCGUACCCAAUGAAACGGUCAAGGCGCUUGGCAUCUCGUGGAAGCCCGAAACCGAUGAUCUAUGCUUCGAUUCGAAUGUCGGCAUCGAUGACACCUCUUCAACGAUGCGAUCGAUAUUAUCCAACAUUGCAAAAAUGUACGACCCACUCGGGUUGAUCGCACCGAUACUUGUUCGAGCAAAAAUGUUGAUGCAGGAGCUAUGGUUGCUGAAAUCCUGCUGGGACGAACCUGUACCGCAAGAAAUCUACAAAAAAUGGAAAGCAAUUCAAGGUGAUUGGCAAGCUUUAGCUGAAUAUAAAACUGAUCGCUAUGUACUUUUACCACAUUCAAAGGUAGAAUUUAACACUUUCACCGAUGCCUCCGAAGCUGCCUACGGAGCAUGCACAUACGUACGCUUUGAGACCGCGAAGGGAGAAGUGCAAAUCAGCCUGCUAGCGUCGAAGUCUCGCGUUGCACCUUUGAAGCGCGUCACACUGCCGAGACUGGAACUUAGUGCAGCUGUCCUGGGAGCGCACCUUCACCAUCGCGUCAAGAAUGCAAUGCAGAUGGCUUCUGCCCAAUCCAUCUUCUGGUCCGAUUCAACUGUAACCCUGAAAUGGAUUGCUUCACCGCCCAACACUUGGAAGACGUUUGUAGCGAAUCGAGUUGCGGAAGUGCAACAUUUUUCGCAUCCACGGCAAUGGCGGCACGUUCCGGGUACCUGCAACCCUGCUGAUCUGGUCUCCCGAGGCAUGUCCGCAACACACUUCAAGCAAAGCACGCUUUGGAAAUCCGGCCCAGACUGGCUAACGCAUCCUUCAUCAUCCUGGCCCAGCUCAAACCCGGAACCGGUAGACGAUAUGGACUUAGAAACACUUCAGAAUGAAAGCAAUGAAACCCAUUACCCUUCGCUUCGCGUGAGUGAUCUCUUAAGAAAGAAUAUUCCUAAUCUUAUUGGACGAAAUAGCAUUUUGGCGAGUGCUGCGUACGGGUCGCACGCUGCUGCCGGGGCCUGGUGGGGGCAGCAUUCCCAUCCAAUGCAUGCGGUCGGAGCGGCUAUGUAUGGUGAGGAUACGACAGGGCAAACUGGUAUUGAUAGUCGCAGUCCUCCCGCCUCUAUGCACAACUCUUCAAACCACAAUAGUGCUGCCAGUCUUAUCGUACAACAACAGCAGCAACAACAGCAGCAACAACAGCAGCAAGUUGCAGCAGCUGCAGCCGCAGCAGCAGCGGCAGUGGCCCAACAACAGCAGGUGCAGGCUCAGUCUGCAGCACCUUCGCAAACACAGAAUACUUCUUCUUCGAACGCAUCCCAGCAGCAAAGUAGCGGAGGAGCAGUGGUAUCCCCAGCGGCUCAAAUCGUUCCUCCAUCCGCUGCUAGUGAAUCACCGGGAAGCGUGAGUUCACAGCCAUCAGCAAAACGUCCCGCGUUUGAUACAGAUACUCGGUUGAGGCAUUCAUAUCCCUGGGGCAACGACUCAGCGGCUGAUUACGCUUACCAUGCACAGUAUCCACCAUAUGCGUUGGCGACUGAUAUCAAACCAAUGUACUACCCUAGCUACCCAACUGAAGCCAAUUUUCAACCUCACCCAUAUUAUCCUAAAUAUGAGCCAGAUGCCUAUAUUACAGCAUCGACUGAACGAUCACGUGGAGUCACAGGUGAUCAACCUUCUUUGCAGUCUAGCUACGAAUCAUACAACUCGUCUGGGUUGAGAUCGUAUUCAAGUGAAACAUAUCCUAAUCCUGGCUCCAGCUUAUCUGUUGGUGUCAGUGGUGUUGGUUCAUGCACACCUUCCAAUCCGCUUGAGUGGACAGGCAAUGUAACUGUGAGGAAGAAACGGAAGCCAUACUCUAAAUUCCAAACGUUGGAAUUGGAAAAAGAAUUCCUUUUCAAUGCAUACGUUUCAAAGCAGAAACGAUGGGAACUUGCUCGCAAUCUCAACCUUACUGAACGCCAGGUAAAGAUAUGGUUCCAAAAUCGGCGAAUGAAAAAUAAAAAAAACAGUCAGCGUCAAUCUGCGCAAGCAAAUAGUGGUAGUAGUAACAACAGUUCCAGUCAUAGCCAUUCCCAGGCGCAGCCUCAUCACAAUCCUCAUCAUAUAGGCCUAGGACUGGGAAUGUCAACACUACAUGGCUCUAAAAUGCAUCAGUGACCUUUCGAGCAACAACCACACCAAUCGAAAAUACACACACAGCAUAAUCAGCAAGAUUCUCAACAAACCUUUCAGCAACUUCAGUUGCAGCACCAACAUCAAUCAAAUUCGACAACAAUUCAUGACCAAGCACAGCAACAGACACAUUUACAUUCUCUGCAUUCUCACUUAAUUCAUCAACCAUCUUAUCAAUCCAACCCCCCAGAUAACCAGAUGAAACAGGAGCUUUGCGACACAAUUAAUGCGUCGAUGUGUAAUAAUUUUCCUCAUGCACCACCCAUAAACUAUCGACAGCAACAAUGAUUUAAAAUUUUAAACCAAUUCGCCACAUAUGAUAAUUCGGUAGUAGAAGAUGAUGUGCCGCUAUGGCAAAGUUAAUACGUAAAUGAAUCGAGUUUGAAAGAAGUGAGAAUAGAAGAACACAGGUAUAUUGAAAAGCCGAUCGCCAACAAUAUCCAGAUAUUGCAUAAAAAAGCAAGGAAACUCUGCGAACUAUGUAAAGGAAUCCACCGAAUAUAGAGCGACAGCGUAAGUUGCGUUUGCGAGGAGUAUUCUGGAAAAUCUGAAGUGUUGUUGGGACAGGUGUAAAUAAAUCUUAGGUAUGUAAGCUAUCCAGCCAGUGAGAAAUGUCCAAAAUUAAGACCGAGAGUGGGUUAUUUAAGCUAAGGGUUAAGGGAAAACGAAACUUUCAACGAAUCAUAAAUAACAGCACGAGGCAAUAUGAAGGGACAAGCGGAGCAACAGUCCAAUUAGGAAGCUGUUUCGAGCAAUCAUAAUGUAGCCCUGUUGCUCGUGUCGGCGUAUUAAAUAAAAGAAGAGAGUAGUUGAAACAGGUAGUAUAAAGUAAUAUAAAUAUUUAAAAUCAAA